UUGUGAUUUAGCAUCUUCAUUACUUGUUAAGUUAAUAAUUUACAACAAAGUAAUACUCUUGGGUAAAAAUGAAGACAACAAUGAUGUUAAGUUUAAUAAUUAUUAUCAUAGCAAUUCAGACUACUACAGAAUUCGGUAAUUACAAUCCAAAUCGAAAACCAAAAGUAAUGGGAGAUCUAAUUCCCCUCAGAAUGCUCGACCCUCGAAGGGUCAAUUUACAAAAGAAAAUAGUAUUGUACCACAACUUCUUUAGGUCUCGUGUUCAACCGCCUGCGGCAAACAUGCUUAGAAUGAAAUACAACCAUCAAGCAGCUAGAGCCGCCCAAAGAUGGGCUGAUGCUUGUAAAUUCUUGACACACGAUUCCAUACCAGGAAGGCAUGUACAAAAUUAUGGAGCAUGUGGACAGAACAUAUUUGUUGCUACCCAUAAAGUUCCAUGGUUCUUUGCUGUUCAAACGUGGUGGUUGGAAAAAGAUCUAUUUAAAUUUGGCAGGCGAAACAAUUUAACUAUUAUUGGUCACUAUACACAAAUGGUCUGGGCUGCCACUCAUCAAGUUGGUUGUGGUAUUGCCAAAUGUACGGUUCAGUCCAAUUCUAUUGCUUUCAAAACAACUACAUUUUAUAAUUAUGUGUGCAAUUAUUGUCCCAUUGGAAAUCAUCCAGGUCGCCUCGGAAGGCCUUAUGUAAGAGGAAAAUCCUGCGGCUUGUGCAAGAAAAACUGCCAUAAGAAACUUUGUACUAACGCUUGUUAUGCUGCAGAUCAGUAUUCAAAUUGUAAGCAACUCUAUAAGACAUUUCCAACAUGGUUGUGUAAUAGCCAUACAACUCGAGAGGGAAUAGAAAGAAGAAAUAGUUGUUUGGCAACAUGUACUUGUAAAAAUAAAAUAUAUACUAGAUUUUAAAAAUAA